AUGUCUUCAGAGUUGGAGCUGCCUUUCCGGCCGGACACGGAGCUGACGGAGGUGAUGCGUCUGCGGGUUCAGUCUCUGCAGCAGCGAGGCCAGAAGAGGCAGGACGGCGAGCGCCUGCUGCUGCCUCACGAGGCGGUGUACCGACUGGACUUCACCGAACAAUCCCUCCGGUUCUCUCAUUGGUCGGUGCAACUGGUCGAUACCGGACGCCUCACCAUCACCGCCACCUCGCAGCUCUGGACCCCGGAUCUCACCCACCUGAUGACGCGGCAGCUGCUGGAGCCCGCCGGGGUUUUCUGGAGGGGAACCAAGGACGACAGCGUCCAGUGCUACGAGGCCGACGCGUACGAGUUUGGUGAGAGAAUCGCAGAGAUGGCGAAGGUAAGGAAGGUGAUGUACUUCCUGUUUGCCUUCGCAGAGGGAUGCACCCCUGAGACUGUCAACUGCUCCAUCAACUUCACAACGGACCGCUGA